GUGUGUACUUUAAUUUUGUGUUGCUUUACCCGACAAGUAAAUUUUAGAACUUCAAAUGGCGUUUACGUGAAUAAUUUAUAAAAAAAAUAAAAAAACUUAUUCUGCUUGUAAAUAUUGCCUUUAAAGUGGAAAUAAAAUGGACUUGCCAAAACCACCUCCUGAUACCGAACUUAGAAAUAUUAUUGAUAAGCUAGCUCAAUUUGUGGCCCGUAAUGGACCGGAAUUUGAACAUAUGACCAAAACUAAACAGAAAAACAAUCCAAAAUUUCAAUUUUUAUAUGGUGGCGAAUACUUUAAUUAUUACCAGUAUAAAGUCACUACAGAACAAGCAAUUUUGAAACAACAAGGUAUAUUAUCUAAAAAUAAAUCACAAAACGUUACACAAAAUAUGUCACCGGCAUCAAAUACUAUUGCCAUUUCACCAUGGACGGGUGCAACAGUUUCAAUUCCUGGUCCAGUAGCAUCAACUCCAGGUCCUGUUAGUGGUGGUAGUAUGUUGACUGUUGACCAAAUUACGCAACAGCAGACUACACUUCAAGAGCAAAUCCAUCAAAGUGAACAAAAUUUAUCGGCUCAGUAUAAUGUUCUAAUGCAACAACAACAAGCACAAAUUGAUGAUACAGUUUGUCGAGCCGAAGCUGAUGCAUUAGAACGUUUAGCAAAAGAUACUGAAAUCGAUUUAGAAGCAUUGGAUCAAUUAUUACGACCAAUUAUGGAUUCAUGUACUAAGGAUAGUAUUAGUAAUGGUAAAGGAUGGAUUUUACAACAUGGCACAACACCUGAUAAAUGUCAAGCAAUUGCUGGUCGAUUAUUAAAAAAAGUAAACCAUGAAACAACAACUUUUCUUCAAAAACUACACGUAAUUUAUCUGGUCAACGAUGUUUUACACCAUUGUGCUAGAAAACAUGCAGAUGAUUUAAAAAAAGCAUUAGAAGACGUUGUUGUACCAAUGUUUUGCAAUGCUAAUAUUGGUGUAACAAAUGAACAAAAAAAUAAACUUGAUAAACUAUUGAGUUUAUGGGAAUCAAAAGCAAAUUAUUUCUCAGCAGAAACAGUGGAAAAGUUACAUAAACCGGUAGAAAGUUUUCAAGAAUAUCAAGCAUCGUUAAUUGCAAAACACGCAACACCAAUUGCAACGCUUACACAAAAUACAAAAAAUACAUUCGAUGGGUAUCAAGCACAGCAUAACGCAUUCGUUGCACAUGCGGCACAACAAAUUCAAGUUCUCGAACAACAAAAACAAACCGUUAUUGAAAAACAACAGCAGCAACAAAAACAAAAUACAUUUCAGCCACCCGCAAAUUUUCAACAAAAUAAUCAAAUGCCAUUAACAUUUACUCAACCACCUCCCGGAACACAAUACAAUCAACAACAAUCGGCUGCGUUUAUGUCUGAUGAUGCUGGUAAUUCUAAUCAAAGUAAUUUAUCAAAUUCUAGUCCAGGACAUCAUCCACCAACAUCGGAUACAUCACAACUUGAUUUCAUUAGUCAAUCAUCAAAUCCACCUGCACCAUCGGCAGGUGGAUCCUGCACUGCAAACAAUAAUAAUACUAAUAAUAAUGGCGCUUCAAUGGACAAUAGUAGUUUUAAUCAAAGUAAUUUAAAUAUUCCAGGUGCAAAUCCUAUAAAUCCUAAUAUACCAUCAUUAACAAGUAUUAAUCCUAAUGUUAUUGUACAAAAUAUGCCACCAAUUAAUGAUAUACCACCCCCUGGAGCAUUUUCACAACCACCACCAAGAUUUUUUGAUGCCGCUCCUCCUCCACCCGCAGCCAUUUUCCCAGAUUUUUCAAAACCGCCACCCGGAUUCCCUGUACCUGCAUUUGCACCACCGCCCGUGGUUGAAGAAAUAUUUCCAUCGAUACCGUAUUAUGAUUUGCCAGCUGGUUUAAUGGUUCCGCUAUUAAAGUUGGAAGAUUCAUCAUACAAGCCACUAAAUCCCGGUGCAAUUCGAUUGCCGCCACCAGCACCACCAAGUGAUCGAUUAUUAGCCGCCGUCGAAGCAUUUUAUGGACCGCCAUCUCAUGAACGACCACGUGAUAGUGAUGGGUGGGAGAAAUUAGGUUUAUAUGAAUACUAUAAGGCGAAAAAUGCGGCGAAAAAAAUGAAAGAUGAUGCAAUUGCAGCAGGCAUACGACCAAAAUCAAGAAGUCCUAGUCCAAUUGUGAUUAAACGACCAGAAAAAGAUGAUUCAAAACGACGAAGAUACAGUUCUAAAUCACCAUCACCCCGAAGUCCGAUUAGACGUCGUAGUGGAAGUCGUAGUCGCCGAGAACGUUCAUCUCGUCGUUCUAGACGUUCACGAUCAAGGUCACGUACACGGUCACCACCAUCACGGCGUGAUCGAUCAAUAUCACCGCCAUCGAUGAUGUUUAUGCCGAAUAGCUUACGAAACGAGGAUAAACUUGAUGAAAGUAACAAAGGACAUCAAUUAUUGAAGAAAAUGGGAUGGGGUGGAUCUGGGCUUGGUGCAAAAGGUCAGGGUAUUGAAGCACCUAUAUCUGGGGGUGAAAUCCGUGAUCGACAAGACAUGUACAAAGGUGUUGGUAUUAGUUUAAAUGAUCCUUAUGAGAGUUUUAGAAAACAUAAAGGUGCUGCUUUUAUUACACGAAUGAAAGAGCGUGCAGAAGAAAGAGCCGCCGGUGAACGAUGUUAAUAUAAAUAUUAAGUAUACGGCAUAUAUUUUUUUGUAUGUUUCCUCUUUCUUUAAUCCCGUAAAUUUCUCCCUCGCUUUGGUUCUGAAGCGAACAAUCGUAAUUCUUAAGUGUGUUUAUUGUAUUUUUAAGUGACUUUGUAAAUAAAGAAAAAUGAAAACUA